AUGUACCCACCAUAUAUGAAGAGAAAAAUAUACGGUAGAAAUCAGUCAAGACUAUGUACUUUUUUUACACUGACUUAUGAACAUCGGGACAAGUUUAUUCGUCAUGAAUUCGAAACAAAAAUGGAUUACGACGUAACAGAAGUUAUUACGUGUUGCGUAGCUUCGAAUCCUUUCCAAUCUGUCAGAAAAUGUCGGCGUUGGCAUAGUAAUGAUGUAACUUUCCAUUAACGUACCAGGCAUCUUUUAC